AUUUAGUGUUGUAUCUCCGGGAGAUGACAGACACAGCCCUCUCUCUCUCUCCUUCUCUCUCUGCCCCAGCGAGGAGACCAAAACCCCGCAGAUCUCUCCUCUCAACAGCCCACAGACAGCAGAAGCGACCCCAUCACCAUUCAGUCGUUCCAGCGCGUCUUUCUGAUCUCCUGGGCUAGUGUGUGUGUGUGUGUGUGUGUGUGUGUGUAUGAAUGUGUGAGUGAGUGAGUUUAUUUCUACAUGUGAGUGUGACUGUAGAUCUUCAUCAUGGCCUCAGUGAGUGUGACCUUGGAGAAUCAGCUGCACAGCGCUCAGAAGAACCUGCUGUUCCUGCAGCAAGACCAUGCCAACACACUGAAAGGCCUUCAUUCUGAGAUCCGCCGUCUGCAACAACACUGCACAGACCUGACAUAUGAGCUGACAAUGCGGAGCUCUGAUCCAGGCGAUGAUGGCGAGGCUCGCUGCAGAGAGCUGCACCAGCGCUGUGAGGAGCUGGAGGCUCAGCUGAAGGCUAAAGAGCAGGAGAACACAGAGCUCCUGCGGGACCUUGAGCAGAAGAACGCUAUGAUCUCUGUUUUGGAAAACACCAUCCGAGAGCGAGAGAAGAAGUACCUGGACGAGCUGAAGCUGAAGAGCCACAAGUUGGCUGUGCUGUCUGGAGAGCUGGAGCAGAGAGCCAGCACCAUUGCCUACCUCACGUCCCAGCUCCACGCCACCAAAAAACGCCUUCUUGCUGGUGGUGCAGCAGGAAUAAGCCCCUCCGUUAGUCCUGUUGGUUCUUUCAAACCCACACCACCUCCAGCUCCAUCGGGAAACGACAAGGACGUCCGGCAACCUGAGACCCCUCGCAGGCGCAUGCGCAAAAGUCUCUCACAACCACUACACUCCGAAUACACGGAGCUCUACCGUAUGGGCGCCACAGACGGCCGCAGGGUGGUACUUCGGGAUUCGGUAGAUGCUAUGCCAGAUCCCACACCCUUCCUGCAAGCCAGAGAGCCAGCAGCUCCGGCAGAGUCUCAGCCAGUGUUGAGGGAACGCCCCUCUGUGAUCCCGCCCAUCGCUUCUUCUGCCACUCCCCCUGCACCAUCAAGCCCCGCCCACAUCCCCAUACCUCCAAGUCCAAGGAACAGCCCAGCACGGGAGGGUCCGCAUUCCCGAGCUAAUGCACAUAUAGGAGUAGCGCAUCGCAUCCACCGCUCGCCCUCAGCGGGUGGAGGAGCAGCCCGGCAGCAGGCGGAGGUGGAGACCCUCGCUGUGGACCAGGUCAACGGGGAGCAGGUGGUUCGCAAACGCUCAGGUGCAGACAGAACUGUUUAAGUGCGCACAUUUACACACUCUUAAACCUAGUAUAUAAACAUAGUCGUAUUAAGACCGAUGCAGUAUAUGCGGAACUGUUUAUGACUGUGAAAACACACACGUACAGACGCGCAAAUCAUCAACAUAUCACUAGUUUAUAAACAUAUUAAACAGACACGCACCCUUAACACAUCACAGAUAGUUUUAAACAAUUUACAAACACAUUCACACAGCACAAACCUGGAAAAUGCUGAACGAUACACACUGGAAAUGAACGCAGAUUCAGGCAAAGACUAAGAGAAUGUGUUUAAGGUGGAAGAUGGAGAGACUACGGAUGGCAGCAAGAGCUUGUGUAUGUCCUGCUGCUUUUUAUGCAACACUGUAUAAACGAAAUGUAAAAGACUUUUGUUCAUGGUCAUUCGAUUAACUGCUUUGUCUCACGUCAGUUGACAAGGAAAACUGUGAGCAUGCCAAAUGUUUAUUUCCCAUUAGACUUUUACCGACUUCUCCGCACUUUCUGUUCCUGACUUCAGCAGUCGUCCCACUCUGUUUUAACUCAAGGUGCAGCCACACACACACACACACGCGAGCGCACUCAUAUAUAUUGCCAAAUCUCAUCAUUGCCUGCUGAUUUAAUGUGUUCUGAUGCAUAUUCAUAUCUACUCAUAUUUAUUCAUGAGCACUGCAGUAGUACUGGAAUCUCCUUCAACUCUCCUUCCCCUCUCACUCUCAUACCCACAAGCUAAUGUGAACAAUCCUGCUGCUCCUUAUUAAA